AGUCAAGACCACACGACUAAACUUCAUAUAUCAUCCAAUAAAACAAAGAGACACUUCAAUUAUUAUUAUUCUUACUUCCAGAACUCACUCAGACGAAUCAAAGUAGCCAAAUAAAGAAGAUAAUGAAACCUCUAUCUCUAUUAUCCGUUAUUCUAAUCAUCGCUUUGACAACAAGCUACGUUGUUGUUGAUGCCUUUACCAGAGACGAUUUUCCAGAUGAUUUUCUCUUCGGAGCCGCCAGUUCUGCUUAUCAGUGGGAAGGAGCUGUUGAUGAAGACGGAAGAACUCCUAGCGUAUGGGAUACUUACGCACACUCUCACAAUAGAAUUUGCGGUAAUGGAGAUAUAACAUCUGAUGGGUAUCACAAAUACAAGGAAGAUGUUAAGCUGAUGGCAAAAAUGGGUUUAGACUCAUUUAGAUUCUCAAUCUCCUGGUCAAGACUAAUACCUAAUGGAAGAGGACUCAUUAACCCAAAAGGCCUAUUGUUUUACAAGAACCUCAUCAAAGAACUAAAAAGCCAUGGAAUCGAACCACAAGUUACGCUUUACCACUAUGAUCAUCCUCAGUCUCUUGAAGAUGAGUACGGAGGAUGGCUCAACCGCAAAAUCAUAGAAGACUUCACUGCUUUUGCAGAUGUAUGUUUCAGAGAGUUUGGGGAGGAUGUAAAGCUAUGGACUACAAUAAACGAAGCUACAAUAUUCGCCCUUGGUUCUUAUUGCCAAGGAAUCUCGCCGCCUGGACGUUGUUCUCCUAACAUAUUCGUCAAUUGUUCUAUGGGAAAUUCUUCUACAGAACCAUAUAUUGUAGGCCAUAACAUUUUGCUAGCUCAUGCCUCUGCUUCGAGAUUGUAUAAACUAAAGUACAAGAGCAAACAGAGAGGAUCCAUAGGGAUUAGUAUAUAUGCAUUCGGGUUUACUCCCUAUACAAACUCCAAGGACGAUGAAAUCGCAACUCAAAGAGCUAAAACUUUCUUCUUUGGCUGGUUGUUGAAGCCUUUGGUAUAUGGAGACUAUCCGGAUGAAAUGAAGAAAACCGUGGGAUCAAGAUUACCAGUUUUCUCAAAGGAAGAGUCAGAGCAAGUUAAAGGAUCAUCUGAGUUUGUAGGAAUGAUUCACUACUCGACAUUCUAUGUCUCAAACCGACCCACACCUUCGUUCUUUCCCAUGAACGAAGGCUUCUUUAAAGACAUGGGCGUCUAUAUGAUCUCCACUGGGAAUUCUUCAUUUCUUGUGUGGGAAGCUACUCCAUGGGGUCUUGAAGAUAUUCUUGAGUAUAUAAAGGACAACUAUAACAAUCCCCCAAUAUACAUUCUUGAAAAUGGUAAGCCGAUGAAUAGCAAUUCGACACUACAAGACACAGAAAGAAUUGAUUACAUUGAAGGUUACAUUGGUGCUGUGCUCAACGCCAUCAAGAAUGGAUCGGACACAAAAGGUUACUUUGUAUGGUCGAUGAUUGAUAUGUAUGAGUUAUUGAGUGGAUAUACGACCAACUUUGGAUUGUACCAUGUGAAUUUCAGCGAUCCUGGUCGCAAGAGAACUCCAAAGCUCUCUGCUGCUUGGUACACUGGUUUUCUCGAUGGUACAAUCAAUGUUGCUUCUCAUGAUAUCAUUCAGUUGGAGAGCAACUCCUCUGGCUCUUCUUCGUUGUAAUGUGUAUUUAACCAAAGGGUCAUGGUUUAGUUUAUUUCAUCUAUACUAUGAAAUACCUCAGCCACUUAGCAAAUGGUUUGAUAAGAUUUGCAUAUGAAAUGAUGCAUGUAGCUGUUGAGACCAACAAAGGUUGCAUAAUAAAAAUUAAACCGUUUGAGGUAACUUACAAAAA